AUGUCUUCCACUUUGCAACAAGGUGCUACUAAUGCGGCGGAUUUUUCUUUGACGGUUCUUAGAGCAAGAAUUGCCUUACUAGCAACUGCCAUCGGCGGGCCAGACUAUACUUCUCAGGUUGACCCGCCCCCUUAUAAGCUUGGUGAUGACUGUUUGGCGUGCUUGAAAGACUUGAAAAGAUGGUUUAAAUUGGUGGAUGACCAGCAGAGAAGGUGGGACGUGGCAAUAUCAGUUGCCGAGUAUCGCAUUUUAACAGAUGAUCUGUUGCCAAUUCUAAUUGAAUGGGAAAACAAAUGUUCUCUCGCUGCCAAGUUGGCUAAGAAUAACCCAGACCAUGAGGAGUUUAGAAACAAGACUUACUACGAUAAGAUUGCCUUGAACUGUCUGCAAUUAUCAGUCCUUAUGACUUGGCCCUUAAUCAUAACUGAGCAGUCUUCAUCAAACCAAAUCGUUCUUUAUAGUGAACUGAAAAAGCAUCAACUGAUAUAUAAAAAGGCAAUCCUGUCAACGGAAAAUGGAAAAGUGUUGAGGGCUGCCGUUCGACUGGCCCUGGACGUCGUGAAGGUCGACCGAUUAUCAAGAACUCCAAGAGAUAAUAUGGUUCUCAAGUUAGUUUUGAAUUUCUUCAGAAACGUCAUUGCCAUAGAGCCUGGCGAAUUUACAAUAAAUACUACGAGAAGCAUGCCCAGUAAAGGCAUCACAUCCAUUGACACUUUGCCACCAAAUGUCUCUAUGGAUGACAUCUCUCUAAAUACGGUCAUCUCUUCAUUCCAUAAAAAUAAAGUAUUUGGUCUGCUAUUGACACUGGUUAGUUCACUAGCAAGGGAGUUUGACCAGGAUUUUAUCAACAUCCCGUUGUUGGAAAUUAUGUUUUAUCUUACUAAAGAUGUUAAUCAAGUAUUACUAUUCACCCAACAACCUGAACACAGAACACGUUCCGAUCUCGUGAAUGCCAACGGCAGAACCUCAACUAACAAUGUUGUUACAAGCGCAGGUUUUGAACUAUCCAAAUUGUUACAGAAGGAACACCAAAUGAAAAAAAAUGUUAUUAAACACACUUCCGCAAGGCACUCAAGAUUUGGCGGCCUAUUGUCUAUACAAACGACAGACAAAACUAGGUUAACUAUUUCUGGCAGUAAAGCUCUUGUAGAUGAAAAGAUAGCGCUGCAAAAAUUGGAUGACAGUAAGAAGUGGAAUAAAAGAAUCACUCAAAAACGUGAUUCCGUCGCAACUGAGGGUUUACCAAAUAGUCUAUUGAAUUCACAAACUGGCAAAGCUAUUUUCUUCACUGAAUCUACUUGUGAACAUUUCAAAAAAUUCAUCAACAACUUUAUUGAUUCUGGUUUUAACAUCUUGUUACAUAGCGUAACAAGCUAUUUCACAACGGAGCAAGAUAGAAUGGUCACCUUAGAACAAGUAGAAUAUUUGCUUUUUUACGCAUGGUUUAUCAAGUAUCAUUUAUUGAGGUCCAAAAUGGACAAUUCUUCGGAACUAAAUCAAGUCUCAGAAGCCUUAAAAGAGGUUUCUUUUAUCUUAGUAUCAUCUCUUUUGAGAAGCGCAUAUGACUUGAAAAAUUGGAUGGUAACACAUGCAGGUAUGAUUGCAUUCAACGAAUUGCUGAAUCUUGUCACUCAAACAAAAGCUGCUGAGGAAGAAGAUUCAGAUGAUAUAGAAUUCAUUGUGAGCAGACUUUUCAGUGACGAAAGAAUACAAUUAUUAUCAAAUUUGCCUAAAAUCGGUUCCAAACAUUCGCUUCAAUUCAUGAAAAGUUGUAUCGAGCUAACACACUCAGUAUUGAAAGUUUUGGAACAAUAUUCAGACGAUAAAACGUUAGUCGUAGAGGGGAAAUCUAGACGGCGUAAGAAGCUUGAUAUGUCCGAAAAUAAUAUUGCUAGAUUGAUGAAAGAGGAAAAUAUUGACAGGGAUGAGGCACUUGAUAUUCUGGCCUCGGCUUCAAGAGGAGUAGAAGUCAAUUUUCAAAAAGUACAGAGCAGUUAUAUGACAGAGCCUGUGAUAGAAACUUAUACUAAUUUUCUUCAAAGAUUCCAUGAACUUGAGGAUGAUUCCAUUAAAAAAGUGUUUUCUUUUUUCCAUAGGGUAUUCGUCCAGGCCAAAGAACAAUCAUUGUUAUUCAGGUUUGAUUUGAUAAUAUUAUUAAGGGAAAUGCUUUCACCUGAUGGAUUGAAUAGGAUGUCUCGUUCACGAAAAUACGUGAGUCAAUUUUCAGACUAUUUUCUUUCGAGAUUAAAAAAAAGGCUGAAGAAGUCACCUGCUUGGUUUGUUGGAUUACUUUUCCCACCAUUGCACAGCAGCGAAGUCGGUUUUUAUCAAAGAUAUGGCGAAUACAAUAUAUUCAAUACUGAGUCAAACCUUGCUUCGUCAAUAUCCCAAUUUAAACCUAUUCCUGAUGAAGAGGCCUUACCAUCUUCGAUAUUGCUGGAUAUGAAGUACGGUAUAUUAGUGUCUACAUUACUUGAUGAUGGAAAAAUUGAGUUAUUAGACCAUUUACUCAAACACAUCACUCACACAUUGGAUGUUUUCAGGUCUUGGUUAACUGUAAAUGUAAAUGCUAAUAGAGAAACAAUAAACCCGCCAAAUGAAUAUUUAACGUUGACAAGUACGCUCAAUAAUGAUGCUCUUUUUAGAGACAAGGACUAUAGGGCUUUACUAUCGUUGAUAGGAUACUCCAUACCCAAUAAAAUAGACGAACCUUGUUUUUUGGCGGGAACUAUCGAAAUCCCUGACCUAACCGUCUCAUAUGAAUUGAUAAAGAAGUAUUUAUCAAUACCAUUCGAAACGCCGAACGGACUGCCUUCUUCUUCAUACCUCCUAAGGGUUUGUCCAAGAAAGAAAAAUGAUGCACUCGGAGGGCAAGAUGGAUGGCAAGAAAAUAAUCAUUAUGACUAUAAUGAUCCCUACAUUGUUCCCGAUGAUCAGAAUGUAUCAGAAGGUGAUGCAGCGUACUUCAAGGACCUGGAUAAUAAUGUUUCAGAUAACCUAAAAGGCAUCAAACUCAGUAGAGGUAUUGCGAGGUCUAAAAAAAAAGAUAAGAAAGAGAAGAAGAGGGCCCCUAGGAAAAACUUGCCAAGCUUUGAUAACGAAGAUGAUGAACGACCACGUUCUGUUAGAGAACGCCAUAGUGUAUUCAGUAAAGAAUUUAUUAGCGACUCAGAAGAUGAUGAGGAUUUAAUGAACCCCAUUUUUUUUGAAAAUGAAACGUAUAUGAGAUGGUUACUGGAUAAAAAUAAUGGCCAGUUGACCGAAGAUAGGUACGCCCAAUUUGCUAAAUUUGCUGCGGAGAGAAUGACUAAUGGCGGUGCUGUGACAGGAGAUUAUACAGGGUUGUUUGGCGGGCUCAUACCAAGCAUUGAUAAUAUAAGAUCUACAGAAAGUGACUCUUUUGCGCCAGACAAAAGCCUUAUUUCCUUGUCGAGCCACGUAGCAUCUGAAAUGUCUGCUAAUGAUGUAAACAACUCUGCUGAAGAUGUAAACAAUAAUACUCAGCUUUCUGAUAAUGGUGUUAAUUCGGAAUCAGAAGAAAAUUUAGGCUCACCGCAGUUGUCUGAUUCGUCAAAUGGCUUUCAAUCUGAGGAUAAUACAAAAGCAUUUAAAAAGCGUACAUUAGAAGAGACUGAAUUCAAUGAAGGGGAUGAAGAUGAGGAAGCUAUCCCUCUUCCUGGUAAAAGACUUAGAGCCCUUUUGGGCGAAGGAGAUAUUGAUGACGAGUGA